GGACUGCUGUUUUUUUAUGUAUAUGUGUGUGUGUGUGUGUGUGUGUGUGUGUGUGUGUGUGUGUGUGUGUGUGUGUGUGUCCUUGAGCACCAUGCUGACCUCUCACCUUUCAAUAAGCUUCAGCUGGCCUGGACCAAUCACAGCUGAAGGAUCUCCAGCAGAAAGCAGGGCAGAGAGGUUCCUGGUUCAAAUCCCUGGACUGACUUGGACCUUCUGACCAACAACAAGGAUCCCUGCAGCAAGGCAGCAACCCGUGGAUCAACCCAUCCAGACCGACCCAGACCGGCCCAGACCGGCCCAGACCGACCCAGACCGACCCAGACCGACCCAGACCGGCCCAGACCGACCCAGACCGGCCCAGACCGGCCCAGACCGACCCAGACCGACCCAGACCGGCCCAGACCGGCCCAGACCGACCCAGACCGACCCAGACCGACCCAGACCGAUCCAGACCGACCCAGACCGACCCAGACCGACCCAGACCGGCCCAGACCGGCCCAGACCGGCCCAGACCGACCCAGACCGACCCAGACCGACCCAGACCGAUCCAGACCGACCCAGACCGACCCAGACCGACCCAGACCGGCCCAGACCGGCCCAGACCGACCCAGACCGACCCAGACUGACCCAGACUGACCCAGACCGACCCAGACCGAUCCAGACCGACCCAGACUGACCCAGACCGGCCCAGACCGACCCAGACUGAUCCGAUCUGGAUCUGGUCUGUGAGACCUCUUCAUUAGUUGACUCAGGUUCAGUUUCCUGUUGACUUUUAACCUGGAAAAUCCCAAGAAAAGUGAAACAGGAAGGCUAGAUCCCUGAGAUGUAGACUGUAGGUUUAAUCCAGAUCAGGUCCAGGGGGGAACCAGAUCUGAACACAGUCCAGGUCCUGCUGUGGUCCUGGUCUACUUGGACAGAAGGUCCAGGGAUCAGGCAGACUCAAAAAUGUGGAAAAAGAGCCUCAUAAUUCUGUAAAUGAUUGAAAGCUUAACAUGAAACCAAAUGUCGGGUUAGGGUUAGAUGGACAACGUUCUCCUGCUGCUGGUUCUGCUCAGGUUCCUGGUCCAGGAGGUUCUGCUGUUCUGAACUUUGGACUGAACUGAAAUCUGUUGUGAGAGCAGGACCAGGUGCUGAACGUAGAAAUCUUCACUACAGGACGUUAACUCUUGGAUCUUGUUGAUUUGAUUUGAACUUGAUGCAAAACCUUAAAGACUAGAACUCUAGUCUACUUGUGGACUGAGCCCAGGUGUCAUGUCAAUGCUGUGACCUCUGACCUUUGACCUCCAUGUUGUUGGUUUCUUUUAAAGACUGUUGACCUCGUUGGAAAUCUAUGUGGAUGUAACUGAAACAAAGAAGCAGUCAGGAUGAAGCUCCUGCCCGUCUUACUGGCAGUCGUCUUGCUGACCGGCUGGUGCGUCCGGCCCGUCAGAGGCGACUACAUCCUCGCCGACACCGACUUGGACAUUGGCCAUGAUGAAGACAUCUACCCCGACGCUCGCUACGAAGCAAACGGGAAUCUACCGGAUGUGAAUGACGACAUGUCGGACACAAGUGGGGAUGUAACAUAUGGGAACGCGCCGGACACGCCCACAGACACGCCCCCGGUGGUCACUGCUAGCGUCACCGGCGUGGACGACACAACGGACCGCACACCUCGCCAGGUGAUACGGUGCGGCGAGUACAGCAGCCAGCUGAUGGACGGCGGCCGGUGUCGAGUGACAGCGACACUGCCUCCGAUAGGAAUGCUGGGAACGCAGGAGAAACGCUGUCCGGACAUGUUCCGAUGUACGGACGAAGUCUCCUAUUGGCUGCAUGAGAACCAGAACAGGAAGGAGCAGCUGGAGGACCUGAAGGAGACCAUGAUGGAGCUCCAGGAGGAACUGAGGAGCCACCGGCGUCGACUUAAGACCCUGGAGCUGCAGGGUGAAGCGAGCAGCCGGCUGAACUCGUCCCUGGAGCUGCGGUACCGAGCGCUGGAGCUGCGUCAGGCCGAGGCCGGCGCCCUGCUGGUGGUGCACGCCUCGCUGCUGCAGGAGCUGCAGGUGCAGCUGAGGAACCUGAGCGCCGCAGCGCAGAGCGUGAGCCGCACCGCGCCCUGCGUCAUCAACGUCAUCCGGACCGCCCCGCCGCCGCUGCCCGCACGGGACGCUCUGCAGCCAGAUGUGCAGCAGCUGUCUGUCUGUCCAGCAGACUGUGCAGCUCUCUAUCACACCGGGGUUCGUCGUUCAGGUGUUUACACCAUCGUCCUGUCGCCUGGCACCGCCCUGCCCAUCUACUGUGACAUGGAGACUGAGGGCGGUGGCUGGACGGUGUUCCAGCGGCGGCGUGACGGUUCAGUGAGUUUUAACCGCGGCUGGUCGGAAUAUCGCGACGGCUUCGGAGAGCUGAAGGCGGAGCAUUGGCUGGGAAACCAACAGCUCCACCUGCUGUCCAACCAGAGGCACUACAGCCUGCGCAUCGACAUGGAGGACUGGACACACACACACAGGCACGCCCUGUACGACAGCUUCAGCUGUUCCUCAGGUUCUGCUCCUCCGUCCUGCAGGAUUGAGGAUGAGGAGAACCGGUACCGGCUGCAUGUGUCCGGUUUCAGCGGGACGGUGGAGGAUUCGUUCGGCUGGUAUCACAACCAGCAGGGCUUCAGCACGCCGGACACCGGCAACAUCUGCGCCGAGAUCAGCCACGCCGGCUGGUGGUUCCACCAGUGUUUCUACGCCAACCUCAACGGCGUCUACUACAAGGGGGGGAGCUACACCCUGAGGGGCCAGAGCCUGCUGGGUCCGGACGGGAUCAUCUGGUUCUCCUGGAAGGGCUCAGACUUUUACUCCCUGAAGACCGUCUCCAUGAUGAUCCGGCCCCGCAGCUUCCGACCACGCCUGUCACCAUAGCAACCAACCCGACGCCACCUCAGGACACCGGCAACCAACAGGAACACCUGAGACGUUCAUCCUGAUGCUGCAGACGUUCUUAACCUGAGAUCUAACGAGGUUCUCCUGUCCCACGCUCUGCCUGCUAUAUUCAUUUGUGCUGUCCAUCAUUUUUAUCCUGUUGUUUUCAAAUUAAAAGCUUCAGUCCUGUCAAAACUGA